CCGUACCGACACUAUGGCGUCGCUACGCCGCUGGGAGGAUGCUGCUGCCGGCCGAGUCUAUCUCGCUGUACGGCUGUGAAGGCGCACGCAAAGCGGACGGGAGAGCAGCGCAGCUGGGCCGCACGCCGUCGGCAUGGCCAGGCUGGCCGACUACUUCGUAGUGGUCGGGUACGAGCACGACAAGCAGGGGGGUGGUGACGGCCAAGGCCGCAUUCUCCAGAGGUUUCCUGAGAAAGACUGGGAGGACAACCCUUUUCCCCAGGGAGUCGAGCUGUUCUGCCAGCCCAGUGGAUGGCGCCUGGUCUCUGAGAGGCUGGAACCCUCCUUCUUUGUGGCUGUGCUGACGGACAUCAACUCCGAUCGCCAGUACUGUUCCUGCUUCACAUUCUGGGAGGAGGCUGAUGGCAUGCAGGCCCAGAAGAGCCUCCUCAGUGAGGGAGAUGAUGACGACGACGGUAACAUGCGGCCCGGACGGCUUUUCGCUCCCAAGAGCUUGGUCCUGGUGUCGCGGCUGGACCACGCGGAGGUCUUCAGGAACUGCCUGGGGCUGAUCUACACCGUGCACACGGACGGCGUCAGCGUCGCCUUGGAGACGCUGAUCGGAAACCUGCUGACGUGCUGCAUUCCUCUGGCGGGCGGGUCCCAGCUUGACCCGCAGUCGGAGGAGGAACAUGUGAGGACCAUAACCCUCGGCGCAGGCGACCGGCAGGUGAUCCAGACCCCAAUUAGCGCCUCCCUCCCCGUCAGUGGCUGCAGCGUGGCCCUGCUCUUCAGGCAGCUGGGAAUUAUCAACGUUCUGUAUCUGUUCUGUGCCGCUCUCACGGAACACAAGAUCCUGUUCCUGUCAAGUAGCUACCACCGCCUCACUGACGCCUGCCGGGGUCUUCUGGCCAUCAUGUUCCCACUGAAGUACUGCUUCACAUACAUUCCCAUCCUGCCCGGGAAGCUUCUAGAAGUUCUCAGCACUCCUACACCCUUCAUUAUUGGGGUCAACUCUUUCUUCCGCUCCGAGACCCAGGAGCUGCUGGAUGUUAUCAUCGCCGACCUGGACGGCGGCACGGUGACCAUCCCGGAGUGUGUCCACAUUUCACAGCUUCCCGACCCCCUCCUGCACCAGACUCAGGCUGCACUCUCCAUGGUGCUGGAUCCCGAGCUGGAGGUGGCGGACCACGCAUUCCCUCCAGCCUCCUUGCAGCCCUCCGCCCUAAAGAUCCAGGAUAAGGAGAUCCGCGCUGUCUUCCUGUGGCUCUUCACUCAGCUCCUCCAUGGGUACCGCUGGUGCCUGCACAUCAUCCGGAUCAACCCAGAACCCAUCAUCCGCUUCCACAAGGCCGCCUUCCUGGGCAAGCGCUCCCUCGUGGAGGAUGACUUCCUGAUGAAGGUCCUGGAUGGCAUGGCCUUUGCUGGCUUUGUGUCCGAGAGGGGGUCUCCUUACCGGCCCAUCGAUAUUUUUGACGAGCUGCUCCGUAACCAUGCAGAGCGCUUCUGUCUGAAGGGAGGCAGUCCUCGCCAACUGACGGCCCACAUCAAGGAGCUGACUGAGAAGCUCUUCAAAAACGAGAACCCGUACCCGGCUGUGGCCAUGCGCAGGAGCCAGCGGCAGAGCGAGGGCACCCCGGUGCCCCCCCAAUCCCAGCCCUCCGCCUUCCCUCACCUGGACGAGGUCGCGGUGCAGCUCUUCAUUGACCACGCCACCGCCAAGCUGAAGGCCGCCCCGCCCAUCGUCAAGGCCGAGAUGAAGUGCAUGGUGCCCUCCGGACCUUCUCCGGGUGACGCCACGGAGAAGAACGGGAGCGUGCUCGCUAACAGCGCCAGGAGGCUAGAGGUGGUCAGGAACUGCAUCGCCUACAUUUUUGAAAAUAAGUUGCUGGAGGCCAAGAAGCUGAUGCCGGCCGUCAUGAGAGCCCUAAAGAGUCGCGCAGCCCGGCUUUGCAUGACCCAAGAGCUGAACCAGCACGUGCUGCAGAACCGGGCCGUGCUGGAUGACCAGCAGUUCGACUAUGUGGUCCGGAUGAUGAACUGUACUCUGCAGGACUGCUCAAACAUGGACGAGCACGAAAUAGCAGCUGCCCUCCUCCCGCUGGUCACAGCCUUCUGCAGGAAACUGGGAUCAGGCACCACGCAGUUUGCCUACUGCUGCGUCCAGGAGCAUGCGGUGUGGGCCAACAUGCAGUUCUGGGAGGCCAUGUUCUACAGUGACGUCCAGAACCACAUCCGGACCCUCUACCUUGACUUCAAGGAGAACGAGCUGCCUGGUCCGGAGCCGAGUGAGGGUUCUGAAGAGGAGCGUGGGGCCCUGGAGAUCGCCUCGGAGCAGCGGAGGCUCUGGCCCACCUUCAGCAAGGAGAAGCAGCAAGAGCUGGUGCAGAAGGAAGAGAGCACUGUGUUCAGCCAGGCCAUCCACUACGCCAACCGCAUGAGCUACCUCCUGCUGCCCCUGGACACCAGCAAGAACCGCCUGCUGCGCGGCUCUGGGCUGGGCGAUGCAGAGAGCGUCACCAACAGCUAUGUAACCAACAGCAUCGCUGGCAGCAUGGGCGAGAGCUACGACACGGAGAGUGGCUUCGAGGACGCAGAGGGCUCGGACGUGGCCAACGUGGUCGUGCGCUUCAUCACUCGCUUCGUGGACAAGGUGUGCACCGAGAGCGGGGUCACCAAUGAGCAUCUGAAGUCUCUGCACAUCAUGAUCCCGGACAUUGUUCAGAUGCAUAUAGAGACCCUGGACGCGGUCAACAGGGAGAGUAAAAGGCUUCCCCCAAUUCAGAAGCCCAAGCUGCUGAGCCCCACUCUGCUGACUGGUGAGGAGCUGGUGAUGGAGGCCAUGAGGGUGUACCUACUGCCCGACGGGCGGGAGGAGGCUACCAGCGCCAUGGGGGGGCCGCCCUUACUGCCGGCCGAAGGGGCCAUCUUCCUCACCAGCUACCGGCUCAUUUUCACGGGCACCCCAGUGGACCCCCUGGUGGGGGAGCAGGUGGUGACCCGUACCUUCCCCGUCGCCUCCCUCACCAAGGAGAAGAAGAUCGCCGUCAGCAUCUCAAUGGAUCAGUUAAUUCAAGAAGGUCUGCAGCUGCGGUCCUGCACCUUUCAGCUGAUGAAGAUUGCCUUUGAUGAGGAGGUGGCCUCGGACCUGGCGGAAGUCUUCCGGAAGCAUUUGCACAAGCUCCGCUACCCACAGAAUGUCCGCGGCACCUUCGCCUUCACCGUGGGCCAGGCUGGCGGAAUGGUGGUGGAGCAGAAGAGCAAGGAGAAGAACCAGACGUUUAACUCUUGGCAGACAAGCGAGUUUCUACAGGGCUUCAAGCUGGGUCACACCCUGGGCCGUGUGGGCCACUCGACCGCAGCUCUGUCCAAGAACCUGAUGAAAACUGCCAAGAAGACCAUUGGGCGGCAGUAUGUGACUCGGAAGAAGUACACGCCUCCCACCUGGGAGCAACGUAGCAGCUUCCAGUCGCAGUUGGAAGAAGAUGAGAUCUCAGUUUCUGAGGAGCUGGACCAGAACCCUCACACCCUUUCCUCCACCAUGAAGCCAGUGGACCGGCAGACCAUGAGCAACGUGGUUGAGCGGGCCUGUUGCCGUGACUACCAGCGGCUUGGUCUGGGCACGCUCAGUAGCAGCCUGACCCGCUCCAAGAAUGAACCCUUCCGCAUCUCCACGGUGAACCGCAUGUACACCGUGUGCAGGAGCUAUCCGGGGCUGCUGAUCGUACCCCAGAGCAUCACGGACGCCACCAUCCAGCGGAUUUCACGCUGCUACAAACAGAACCGCUUCCCUGUGGUCUGCUGGAGGAACUCCCGCUCCAAGGCUGUGCUCCUACGCUCAGGCGGCCUCCACGCUAAAGGGGUGGCCGACUUCUUCAAGACCCCCAACGCACCGAGUGCCGCAGGCCCCUCACAGACGGACUCCAUCAGCCUGGAACAGGAGAAGUACCUGCAGGCCAUAGUCUCGUCCAUGCCCUCGUAUUCGGAGAGCAGCGGCAGGAACACGCUGAGCAGCUUCACCCCGGCCGCCACCAGCAGCUCCGACGCCUCCGACAAGCUGAGGCAGCCUAAGAUUGGGGCCCUGAUGAAGCAGGUGAUGGGAAGCAGGGAGGACGUGCCCAGUGGCUUCGGCAAGGGAGGUAAAAGAGCAAAGAUCAUCUCUUACUAUCAUCCUAGAGCUUCGGAGAUCAGCCAGAACUCUGCCCGAGGAAAAUGGGGCAGCAUCCGGGGCACGGGGCAGAUUGCCCAGCUGGCAGGGAGGGACCCUCCCCAGGCCAAUGGCAGCCCUGCCGACACCCACUUUCUGCACCCCCAGAGGUCCUACCUCUACAUCAUUGGAGACAAGUCUCAGCUGAAGGGCUCCAAGCAGGACCAGUUCCAGCAGUGGGAGGUGGUUCCCAUCGAGGUGUUUGACGUGCGGCAGGUGAAAACCAGCUUUAAGAAGCUGAUGAAGGCCUGUGUGCCCAACAGCGUGUCCUUCGACCCCAAUACGGCCUACUACCGGUGCCUCGAGGAGUCCGAGUGGAUGUGCUUGCUUCACAAGAUCCUGCAGGUGUCUGUGCUGGUGGUGGAGCUGCUGGACACAGGCUCCUCCGUCAUGGUCAGCCUGGAGGACGGCUGGGACAUCACCACACAGGUGGUGUCGCUGGUCCAGCUCCUGUCGGACCCGUACUACCGCACCUUCGACGGCUUCAGGUUGCUGGUGGAGAAGGAGUGGCUGUCAUUUGGCCACCGAUUCAGCCAACGCGGGGCGCAGACGCUGGCCGGCCAGAGUGGCGGCUUCACGCCCGUCUUCCUGCAGUUCCUGGACUGCGUCCACCAGAUCCAUCUUCAGUUUCCCAUGGAGUUCGAGUUCAGUCAGUACUACCUGAAGUUCCUGGCCUAUCACUACGUUUCCAACCGCUUCCGGACCUUUCUGCUGGACUCAGACUAUGAGAGAAUAGAGCUGGGUGUGAUGUUUGAAGAAAAGGGUGAAAAGAGAGGACCUCAGACUUUCAAAUCAGUCUGGGAUUAUAUCGAGCGACUCAAUAAGAAGACCCCCAUCUUCUUCAACUACAUGUUUGCCCCUGAGGAUGGAGAGGUGCUAAAGCCGUACAGCUGCAUCUCCAAUCUGAAACUGUGGGACUUCUACACGGAGGAGACCCUGUCGGAGGGCCCUUCUUAUGACUGGGAGCUGGUGCAGAGCCGGCCGGAGCAGCAGCCGGACGCUGAGAGGCCAGAGAAGGCGGUGUGCGUGUCCCGGCGCCGGGUAGUGUGGCCCUGCUAUGACUGCCACAGCAGGGUGCUGCCAGACGCUAUUACCAAACUCUUACAGGAGCUGCAGUCCCUUGAGAUGGAGCUGGGAAAGGUCCCAGAGAAGUGGAAGGACACCUGGGAUAAGAUCAAGUCCACGCAGCGUGCAGAGAGCAGGCUGGAGAGCAGGGCCUCCUCUAGAUCACUGCUCAUGUCCUCCAACAUCAGCCACCAGCGGCGGGCCCAGGGGGCGUGUCUCCAUGACAGCAUGAUGGGCUCCAGCAUCAACCUGGCUCUGGAGGCAGAAGGCGGCGUUGGCUCCUCCUCCGCGGGAAACCUUGGCAGCCGGCCCAGCACCAGCACACUGUACAGCCAGUUCCAGAGCACAGAGAGUGAGAACAGGUCGUUUGAGGGCAUCCUGUAUAAGAAGGGGGCUCUGCUGAAGCCAUGGAGACCACGCUGGUUUGUGCUUGACAAGACGAAGCACCAGCUGCGGUACUAUGAUAAUCGACAGGACAGGGAGUGCAAGGGUGUGAUAGACCUGGCGGAGGUGGAGUCCAUGGUGCCAGGGACGCCAACCAUGGGGGCCCCCAAAAACAUUGAUGAGAAAGCCUUCUUUGAUCUAAAGACCACCAAAAGGGUGUACAACUUCUGUGCCCAGGACAGCCUGAAUGCACAGCUGUGGAUGGACAAUGUGCAGAGCUGUCUGUCGGACGCAUGAUGGGUGCUGGCUGCAGUGGAGGACCCAGAAUGCACAAUGUCUGCAGGAAGGAGUACGUGAUGCCGACAGACACGUCUGCCGGCCAAUCACAGGCCCCCAGAGCAGUAGAGAGGGGAGGGGCCUUCCUGUGUGACAGUGUUCAGUAUUGCCGGCAUUAAGCUGUCGAUGCAUAAUCACGCCUCAGUUUUUAUUUCUAUUUUUAUUUAUAAAAAUCGCUCUAAGGUUACGUAUGUUACAAAGAUGACUCCUGCCGGAAACCUCUCCAGAUGGCCGCUGUUUGCACUGGGAAUUUACCGUCCGAUCUGUGGGACUGAAGUGAGGUUCUGCCUGGACCCGGACUGCCUGUCCUGCGAGAGAGCCCUCUGUGGGGUUCCGUCACCCAGGCUAUGCUUUGGUUCCGCAGGCACACAGGCUGGACUCUGCAGGGCUGAGAUGUUCUGCAGAUGGUUGAGGAAGCUUUUAAGGCAAACGCUGAUUCGCAGUUUCGAAUGUUUAUGGGGUGUAAUUUAUGGGAGACAUACCACAUGGUCAUUUCUUCAGUGUGCAUUUGUUUACAAAGCUGUUGUCAGUUAGAUAAUUUUGUUGGUGAUGGGGGGGG